AAUUAUCUGCCUUCAAUGAUCCUUAUCUCUUACUUAAAUACACUUGCACGCCACCUCGAAGCUCAAAAUAUUUCGAGUCGACAGAAAAGACAAGAAAUUUUUACAAUGGCCAAACUGCUUAUUCUGGUCACCCUAACAAUUUUGGCCGCUAUGGCCGAAAGUCAACGAUUGGGAAAAGUCGACUUCAGAAAGUUCAUGAAUCGUCGUGAUCCAUUCCCUGAACCACAAAAUCCGCCACCAAGCACAUCGAAUAUCGUCGAACGAUUUAUUACACAACGUUUGGAUAACUUCGAUCCGGUCAAUGACGACACUUGGGAACAGCGUUAUUUGAUGACCGAUGAACACUUCGAGACAGGUGGCUGCAUUUUCCUUUUCUUAUCGGGCGAAUGGAGUGUGACCGAAUACCGUUUGGAAAACAGUUUGAUGGCAGAAAUGGCCGCGGAUCUUAAUUGUUACAUUUUCUAUUUGGAGCAUCGUUACUUCGGAGAGAGCAGACCUACUCCAAAUGUAACCGACGAGAAUUUGAGAUUCUUGACCAUUGAUCAAGCACUCGCUGAUACUGCACAUUUCGUCGAUUUUGUUAAAGACGAAUUCCCAGGUGCUGAAGAUGCACCAGUAAUUGUUAUUGGUGGUCAUUAUUCUGCUAGUUUGGCUAUGUGGUUCCGUCAAUCUUAUCCAGCUUUGGCUGAUUUCACAUGGGCUUCGAGUGCUCCAACACUAGCCAUUGCCGAUCACUUCCAGUACAAGGAAUUGUCUGGAGCUGUAUACCGUCAAGUUGGAGGCAACGAAUGCUACAAUGUAAUUGAACGUGGUUUCGCUGAAAUGGAAGAAAUGGUCCAAUACGAUCGUCUUGUCUAUCUUUCUGACAUGUUCAAUUUGUGUGAUGACAUCGAGGGUGAGCUUGACAUACAAAUGUUCUUCUCAACUCUAUCUGAAUUCUUCUCGUUGUUGGCUCAAUUCGAUGUCUACGCCAACGUUGAGGGAGUCUGCGAUUUGAUGUUAAGUGAUGAACAUGAUACACCUGCUGAAGCCGUAGCAGCUGUUGUACUGUUCUUGGCCGGAGAAGAAUGCAUUCCUGUCGAUUAUGAUGACAUUAUCGAGGCAGACCGUCAAACUGGUUGGGAUGAUCCCGCAGUUGCAGGUGGAUUCCGUCAAUAUACUUACAUGGCUUGCACACAGUUCGGUUGGUAUCACUCGUCCAGAUCCCGUUUCCAACCUUAUGGCUCAAGUUUCCCAGUUGAGUUUAUAUUCCAAGCUUGCGAAGAUGUGUUUGGUGAUGCUUAUGACAGCGUAACUAUGCUCCAAAAUGUUCAACGUUUCAACAAUUUGCGUGGUGGUUUGACUCCAGCCGCUACAAAUGUAUUAUAUGUCCACGGACAAUUUGAUCCAUGGAGAUCUAUCGGUGUACAGACUAGCAACCACCCAACUACGCCAGCUAUUAUUAUCGAACGAGGAUCGCAAGGUGUCGAUUUGGGUCCAUCAACCGACCUCGAUUCCGAUGCAGUUGCAGCUGCUAAAGUUCAAAUUAGAGAAAUCAUUACAGACUUUGUUUCGGAUUUCCGUGCUUAAUAUAGUGAUGCAUUGAAAAUGAAGAGAAAAUAAAUUUUAAAACAACAAGAA